UGCGAAAGAGAAUUGACAUCUCUCGCCCCUCGACGCGACUGGAUUUAACCAAAAAAAAGGCCAAAAGAUAUUCUAGAAAUACUUCCGCAGAACAAAAGGCGUUCGACAAUUGCGCUUCAGGGCUCAGGCACUGUGCCUCUCCUAAAUCUCGGGUCUGAUGUCUGAUGCUUGUCUGCCUUUGCAUCUCUUUCCAAAACACCAAUCUUGCGUCCACUACAUCACUACAUCCGCAACCCCCUCACCAUGUCCUCCAACGGUAUCUCCCCUGCCAACCUGGCCCGCCCCCACAAGACAACCAUGUCAGAGCUCAAGCUCCGGCGCCUGAAAGAGCACAACGCUCGGCUCAGGGAGGACCUCGCUCGGCCCCGAGUCCGAGUGAGCGAAGCCAGCGUCAGCUUGAUCAAGCACUGCAGCUCCACAAAAGACCCGAUGCUUCCUUCUGUCUGGGGACCGCCUGGGAAGAAUGAGGAUCCUUACUCACCGCCAGAGGCUGGGUGCUGUACGAUCAUGUAACGCCCCGCUUCUUGGACCCACAUACCCCCAGUCAAUCUUCUCUUUGAAAAGACACCACAUUGUACCGCAUUUUUCGACCCCGACCGUACCUAUAACGAUUUAACGGUUUAACGUUGUAUCAACAUCACCCACGACUAUUCCGCCGGGUUCAGCACGCGCUGCUAUUAUACAAACAUCUAUAUUCAAGCUACAAGGGAUAGAGUGGGCCCAGAAGGGAUGACUACAGCGUGUAGAGAAUGGCUUGGAAGGGUAGGAGAAGCAUGUCCUACCCAAAACCCGCGUUCGGCGCGCCGAGUGUUACGUUAUAGAACCACACUGGCCUCUGAUAAACUAGUCUUCAAUGAACA